UAACCCAACAAAUUCAUGCUUUUUCAAAAAGAUAAAAAACCGAAAAGUGGAAUCUUGAAAGUGCAUUGCCAACAUGCCAACUUAUUGAAAGCUUGAUUUCUACGUUAAUUUUAAUAUAAAAACGUAAGUCAGCAACAAAGAGGUUAAUCUUUGUCAGCAAUCAGCAUAUACAUAUGUUUUCCUCUAGUGUCUGCAUUUAGUGCAUUUAUUUGUUCCCUAUAGUACUGCCUAUAAACGCCUCAGUCAUAGGGAUCAGCCCAUUGUAUAUAGAGUGAAAACUAAUUGUGCACCACUGCACUGUUAAGCCCAGUUUUUCCUCACAAGGGAACUGCUUUCUGAUCGAAGAUAAAUAGGAUCUUGAUUUCGAUUAUUUUUUUAAAUAAUUAAAAAAUGGAACAUUUAUUGAAUGAUCUGAGUUCACGUCUUUCUUCUGUAGCUUCAGACGAAGAAUUAGAAUCCAUAAUUUCCAAUGAGUUGAGUAAAACUUUGGAAAAUAUUUCCUUUAAACAAUACUUUCGACACAAUCUGGGAACAUACUGCAACUUCAUAUCACUCAUUUUGAAUAAAAUCAAGUCGGUGAAAACAACCGUAUUGUUUCUCCAAAAUGAGUUAGUUUUCGAUAGAAAUUUCAUCAGAGAAAAACAAUUCUGCCAAAAUUUUUUAGAAAUAACUUUUCCAGUACUCAUUAAUCUUUUAUGCAAGCACCAAGAUCAGAGACUCUAUGAAGAAAUUUGUAUAAUUUUUAAGAAGGUUAUCUUGAACAAAAAAUCUAUGGAGUUCCAAAAUUAUCUGGAAACUGUUCUGAAAUUAACAGAAAAUAAAGCAGAAGAAAAAUUUGAGAUCCCAAAGGCUCUCCUAAAAAUAAUAGGAACAACCUACAAUUCACAUAUUGAAGGCUAUUCAGCUUCUAAAGUAAUUUUUCAAUCAAUAAUCAAUUCUUUCAAAGAUUUCCGAUUGAUAUAUGCAUUUACAAUAGUUAUUAUUGAAGUAUUAGGUUUUGAUUUAAGUCGUGACUUCAGCAUUAAAAAAGUAUCAAAAUUCAGCUCUCCAGAUAUUAAAAUAUCAAAAUCUUUAAUUUUUUUAUCUCAAAUAUUACAAAUUAUGAAAGAGCACAAGUGUGAGUUAGAUUGCUCAGUAAUAAUAAAUUUCUCACAAUUCAUGGAAAAUCUUGCCAAUUCCAUUCUUAAUUUAACUACUAAACCUAAUAAACACUGUUAUGAGAUACUGGAAUACACAAUUGACAUCCAUCCUUCAUUUGUUGAGAAGUGUUUGAGCAAUUUAGUUGCUUAUUCAAUGUUCUCUGAUAAUUCUGAAUGCGAAGAGAAUUAUACUAGAUUCAUGUUGAAAGUGUUUGAAACUUAUGCCAAAUUGCAUAGAAUCCAAAAUCUGAUUUCCAAGAUGUUACCUAUUCUCAAAUCCAUCAACGACAAUUCAAAUUUCGAGGAAUAUUAUAUGUUCAAAGGCAGUAAUGAUUUACAACAAAAAAUGGAAAGGAAUUUGCUUGCUGACAAGGUACUUCCAGAUGAAGUAUUGAAGUAUUUCUCCCAAUGUGUGAUGCAGAUGACAAGUUGGCAAUUCAUGAAUGUGUUUAAAACAUUGAUAUUUCAUCUAGAUACAACAGUGGUUAGUUUUAUGGAGCUUAAUGAAGGCAUCCAUAAUAGUUUUCUUGAAUUGAUAUGUAAGUUAACCUCGGAGCUAUUGAAGAUUAACAGAAUAGAUGAAAACACUACUACCCCAAAAAUAAUAGAUAAUUACAUUGCGAGCAUGGGUAAUGUGAAAAACAUAUUGAAUAAAUUUGGGGGGGCCCUAUUAGAAAGAGAACAUGAUCAGUUACUGGUUAGAGUGUUCCUUGAUCUUUCUAACAAUUGGGCUGAAAGGAUGCUGUAUUACUACAACACUGGUUAUUUUAAAGAUGAAGGAAUAUUUUCAGAUGUAAAUCAUCCCAGCUAUCUCUUUUCUUUCUUGACUAAUGAACAAUGGAUAUUAUUGUCUCAAAGGAUAAUGAAUUUUGGAGAAUCUAACUGCAAAUAUCUUAUGCUAAUACUAACAGUGAAAAAAUUGAGUGCGAUGUCGCUUGGAAAUAAAAUAGAUGAAAAUACUCAGCAGGAGGCCAUUCAUCAAAUAACAUCUAAUAUGGAGAGUGCUUGUGAAUAUAUUGUUUCUGAGAGGUUCAUAAGUAAGCACUUGGUACAAAAAUUAGAUUCAGAUGUCAUUAUGCAUAUUUGUGACAAUGUAUUGAGCUUGCUUGAUAAUCGACCUAAUAUGUUCAGACAAACUUGCUACUCAGAAGUUUGGAGAAAUGCUUUGAGUUAUGUCUUGCUUAAGAAAAUUGCAAAAACAUUAUCAAAAGGUAAAUCAAGUUCUCCACUUAAAAAACUAAUGUCAGCAAUUGAUGGAGAAAUCUGUAAUUCAAACUCAGAGGAAGAGGAAAUAUAUUUAAAAAAGUUGAAGAAUGUGUUUGAGGAACACCUUUGGAUUGAUGCUGACAGUUGCAAGAAGGACUGUGAAGACAAAGUCCAAACAUAUGCCACCUGCCUGAUGCACUUAGAUUUUUCAUUGUUUUCCACUAAAUUGAAGUCUUUAAUUUUAUUAGGGCUCUUUUUAUUACACAAACAUUUCUGGGGCAGUAAAUGCGAGUUUAAAGAUAUUUUAGAAGACUGGAUAAAAUAUUCGAUUCAAGAGAUCAAAAUUGAUUUGACUCAGUUAUUUGAACCUGUGUCAUUGGUUCAAAAUUUAACGUCAAAUUUCAACAGAAAAGAGGAAUUAAUUAUUGCUUUAUCUGAAACAAGCUUGAAGAAUGAAGAUACUUUAAGGAGUCUUAUUCCUGGUAUCAAUUAUUUACUAAAGGAUCCAGAUAAUGCUGCAAAUUUACAGUAUUCGUUAUUAUUCCUGAAGGAUUUGAAGAAAAUGAAAAAAUCUGAAUUCUGUUCGGAACUCAGAGAUAAAAUUCUCCAUGUGAACUUUGAGGUGGUAACCACAAAAGAGGCCAAUGUACUGUUGAUACCAUCUUAUGUCUGCUGUUUGAAGCACUGGAUUGUCCUUGAGCAAGAAAACAAGUUGGGAAUGUUGAUAGAAAAAUUGGACGAGUAUGUAGAAAUAAUAUUAGGACUGGAAAGUUGCAUUCUUCCAAAAGGAAGUGCGUCAUUAUUUGGUACAGUUUUACCCAAUAAGCACAUCUUCAAAAUAUCUAUUGAAUUUCCAUUGAAGAUAUGGACUCAUUGCAAAACAAAAUCAGUGGAUUCUAUUGAAGAACAAGAUUUUUCAAGGAUGUUCUGUUUAAUUUUUGAACAUGUCCAAAAUGACACAUUUGCAGAAGUAUCAUCGGACCUUUUAAAUAUGACGAUUGAAUCAAUAAACAAAAGGGAUUCUUCAAAACUUUUAAAGCACUUGCAAAUUUGCACACUGCUCUUGCAUUCCUCUCUCAAUCCUGUGAAGUUCGAAUUGAGGCAAAAAUUUUUGGAGGAGCUCAUGAUUGGAUUAGAUGAUCUUAAGAAAGAUAUUGUUUCAAAUCAGGAGAUUUUCCAUGCAAUUGGCCAGUUUGAAAUGGCCCUCAUUAAUGAAAAGCAUCUCAUUUUAUCGCCAGCAAUAAUGAGCAUGUUGCUUAUGAGCAUAUACUCAUUGUUGCAAAAACCAACAGGAUUCUAUGAGAAUUUUACUUCAUCUACGAAUUAUAUGGAGUGUUUAUUGAAGCAUCGAAGUUCUAUGAUAAUGGAUAGGAUUUCAUGUUAUCUAAAAGUAUUCAGAAGAUUAUUAUUCUCUUUAUGCUCUAAAUGCAAUGAAGAAGUUAACAACAAUAAUCUCAGUGAAUUGGAAGACCUGACAGACUGUGCUCAUCAAUUAGAAAAAUUAAUUAGACAUCUGGUACUUUUCAAAAAGGAUAUAUCAAGAAUAUCAUGUCAUCUUUUACAAGAUAUUUUAUUCAUAUAUGAGACUCUGAGCCUAUUUCCAAAAGUGAAGGUCCAUUUAAACAAUAUGAUGUUCAGUCUACUUUCUGGGUGUGACCAUCAUGCAGUUGCCUAUCUCCACAGGGUUUUAAGCAGUGGAUCUACGGAAUUAUUCAAAAAGGUGUUGAAUGAAUACAAGAGAUUCCAUAGGUUCACUGGAAAAGUUUAAUGAUCUACUUUUGUAGAUAUUGACGAGAAUUUUAUAAUAUAUUUGAAUAUCUGUUGAAAUUCAAGGUUUUUGCUGAAUAUUUUUUGGCUUGGACGUCUGUAUAUAUGUAUAAUACUUGAAAUAUAUAUUUCUUUACCAUCAACAGGCAA